UUGUUCAUAUUCGUAUUUCAAUCCUCGUUCAAUAGUUCAAUUGUUCAUAUUCGUAUUUCAAACUUGAAAGAAGACUGCCAUGCGAAUGCGAAUGCGAAUGCGAAUGCGAAUGCGACCCUAGGCUUCGUCCCCUUCCUCCCCAUCCUUCCAGGAUCAUUUUCUGAAAGGUUCUUUGUUUUCUGAAGUCGCUUCCUUCCUCCUAGCUGGUAAAUUUCUCUCUCUCUCUCUCUGGCAAUCAAGUUUUAUCUCUCCGCGGAGAAUCAAGGCCCUCUGGAAUUUCUAAUCUUUUCAUUCCCUGGUGAUUCGCAAUGCUCUCUUUUCGGAUCCUUCAUUAUUUUUAUUAAUUCUCUGAGUGUCUUCUGAAAUUUAUUUUAUUUUAUUUGAGCUUUGUUUAGUAAUUCUUUUUGUCGAUCUAGCUAUUUGCUUCGUGAUGAAAAUCGAUUGAGUUGUUCUCUGACCUUUCAUUUGAACAAAUAAGAGAUUGUCGUAGUUUGACCAUUUCAAAAUCUGGCAUUCUUUUGAUUUUACUUAAUUGGGUUUGCUCCCACGGCUUUUAUAUGCUUGGGAAUGAAUGGAUGAAAGUGUUUUAACUAUUAUCCUUCUAUUUGAAUCCAAAGGUGUUGUUAGUUGAUGAAGGUACAUAAUUUUUACGGGUGUGAUUGAAUUGCAUUUGACUUAUUGAAAAGCUAUGUGCAUUAGUUUUUCCUCUUAUUUUCUCUGUGGCUUAGGUGUAUAUGUUGUUGAAAAUCUUUUGCUAUUAGCUUCUUUCUUUUUCUUCUUGUACAAAAAAAAAAAAAAAAAAAAACCGCUUUAGUUUAGGCAAUAAAAGGGUGAUUUGUUGCUUUUCUAUGAUGAUUGAUCACAACAAUAAAUCCAAUCCUUGGGCCUCAAUCCACUAGCAAGCAUGCGAACAAUAAGGUCUCCAAAGUAAAUAUGUCAGAAGCCACUUGAUUUGCCUGGCAGGGGACCCUCUGAUGCUUAAGUCAGAUAUGCUAUGGUGGUGGAACUAUGUGAACAAAAGAGAGGGAGAAGGAAAUUAUGAGGAAGGCCUUCUUCAUCUAUGUAGCCUUGGGUAUAUUUAUAGGCUUGAAGAACAUUAAUUCCCAAAGAGAAUGAGAGUGUUUGUUUGAAAUAUUCUUCUUUGUGAGUUCCCCCAUUAAUUGACAGUUAAUAAGUUACUUUUAUUGGAUGAUUGUGGCUUGCAAGUAGAGUGAAAUGUCUGAACUUGGGAGACGCACUUCAGGUAAGAGAAGAUUAAAAGAUUUACUGCUUAAAAGUGACAAUCGCAUUUGUGCUGAUUGUGGUGCUCCAGAUCCUAAAUGGGCGUCAGCUAAUAUUGGAGUCUUUAUAUGCUUAAAAUGUUGUGGUGUGCACAGAAGCCUUGGUACACAUAUCUCAAAGGUUUUGUCUGUGACAUUGGAUGAUUGGUCUGAUGAAGAAAUUGAUGCCAUGUUUGAGGUUGGAGGAAAUUCUUCUGCUAAUGCAAUUUAUGAGGCUUUCCUUCCUGAAGGAUUCUCAAAGCCUGGACCUGAUUCCAGUCAUGAAGAGCGGUCAAGAUUCAUCAGAUCUAAAUAUGAACUUCAAGAUUUUUUGAAGCCCAGUUUGCGGAUUGUGUCAGUUCCUUCCAGGAAGAGCUCUCUCCAAUCUAGUUUUUCCAGAAAAAUCAUGGACGGUUUUCGAACUUCAAAUUCUUCACAGGAAGGAAUGGUGGAAUUUAUUGGACUAUUGAAGGUCAAAGUGAUAAAGGGUUCAAAUUUAGCCAUACGCGAUAUGUUGUCAAGUGACCCUUAUGUGGUACUUACUCUUGGCCAGCAGACAGUCCAGACAAAUGUGAUAAGGAGCAACUUGAAUCCAACCUGGAAUGAAGAACUUAUGCUUUCUGUUCCACAGAGUUAUGGGCCCUUGAAAUUGAAAGUGUUUGAUCAUGACACAUUUUCAGCUGAUGACAUAAUGGGAGAAGCCGAGGUUGAUAUCCAGCCCUUAAUUACAUCUGCAAUGGCAUUUGGGGAUGCAGGAAUGUUUGGGAAUAUGCAAAUCGGGAAGUGGCUCAAGUCACACGACAAUGCCCUCAUAGAUGACAGUACCAUCAACAUUGUCGAUGGGAAGGUGAAGCAAGAGUUGUCGCUCAAGCUCCAAAAUGUUGAAUCUGGGGAAGUCGAUCUUGAACUAGAAUGGAUGCCUCUUGAGCAAUAGGCAUAAUACCUUCCCUGCCAUUUCUUCAAAAAAAAAAAAAAAAAAAAAAGAGGCUGUACUAUUGUGUUUCAUAUUAAAUAGUGCUGCCAUUUUGCUUUCUUCUUUCUCUUGUAUCAAUUCAUUUAAUAUCAAUUCUCAUUCAUUCUUUUUAUGCCUUCUUCCAAAUAUUCCAAUGUGAUUCCGUUGGCAGAUUUCAUAGACAUGCUCUCAGUAUCUCGAGGUAUGUAAAUAUAUUUUAGCAGCUGUGAACCUGGCCUUGUGAUAUAUAAAUAAAGUGAACAUUAAGUUUGGUCAA